GGGGCCAAUGCAAAAUUCAAUGCAAAGCACAACAUAAGAAGACCGGCACGCGAUCUGCGCGUGCAGCAUCAGCACACAAUCUCGACGCCCAGGCCCGCGGAUUUUGAGUCACUGCGUCACGAAUUCGCAACCUGGUGCUGUGCGUAGUGGCGAGGAUCUGUUAACGGGUGUGUGUGCUGCAGAGGAGGUCGGAACAACUGACGGUGAACGAUUCUAGCUUAGACUUUGCUUGGGCGGGUCCAGUGCUUGUCUGCAGGCGGAUCCAGGACAGGAGAAGACAUAAUGACGAAGGAGGAUGCUGUCAAGGAGACUCCUAAAGAGAUUUUUCUUAAGGAUUAUAAGGCACCAGAUUAUGCUUUCCAAAAGGUGGAUUUGAUAUUUGUGUUGGGGGAAGAUAAGACGCUCGUGACAUCCAACAUCCGUGUCAUUCCAAACUUUUCUGAUGGUGCUCCUUUGAUACUCGAUGGUGAAAGGUUGAAAUUGGUCACUUUGAAAAUUAACGGCUUGCAUGUCUCGAAAGAUAAUUAUAAGGUUAGUGCACGGCAACUGCACAUGACAUCGUUGCCUACUGGUUCUUUCGAUUUGGAAGUUGUUGUGGAAAUUGAGCCACAAAAUAACACUUUUUUGGAGGGACUGUAUAAGUCGACUGGCAAUUUCUGCACUCAAUGUGAAGCAGAGGGAUUCCGCAAGAUCACCUACUUCCAGGAUCGUCCAGAUGUAAUGUCCAAGUUCACUACACGUAUAGAAGCUGAUAAAACUCUCUAUCCAGUGUUGUUGAGCAAUGGCAACUUGGUUGAUGAGGGUGAUUUACCUGAUGGUAAGCAUUACGCAGUGUGGGAGGAUCCAUGGACAAAGCCGUGUUACUUGUUUGCUCUUGUGGCUGGCCAUCUUGUGAGUCGGGACGACUCUUUUACCACAAUGUCAGGACGCAAAGUGGCUCUUAGAAUCUGGACUCCUCCACAAGAUUUUUCUAAGACUGCUCACGCAAUGAAAUCUUUGAAACUGGCUAUGAAGUGGGACGAGGAGGUAUUUGGUUUGGAGUAUGACCUGGAUCUCUUCAACAUUGUUGCUGUGCCGGACUUCAACAUGGGCGCUAUGGAAAAUAAGAGUUUAAAUAUUUUCAAUUCAAAGCUGAUACUGGCAUCCCCUGAAACAGCCACAGAUGUAGACUAUGCUGCUAUUGAAGGUGUGAUUGGCCACGAGUAUUUCCACAAUUGGACUGGCAACCGAGUGACAUGCAGAGAUUGGUUUCAGCUUAGUUUGAAAGAAGGUCUCACUGUCUUUAGAGAUCAGGAAUUUUCUUCUGAUAUGGGUAGCCGUGCAGUAAAACGCAUUGCUGAUGUGGUUCGGUUAAGGACAAUGCAAUAUCCUCAGGAUGGUGGUCCAAUGGCACAUCCAGUACGGCCGCAUUCCUACAUCAAGAUGGAUAAUUUUUACACGGUCACUGUUUAUAGAAAGGGUGCCGAAGUUGUACGUAUGUACCAGACUUUGCUAGGGAAGGCUGGUUUCAGAAAGGGUAUGGACUUGUAUUUCCAAAGGCACGACGGUCAAGCGGUCACCUGUGAGGAGUUCCUGGCUGCCAUGUUCGACGCCAAUAAAGUGAAGUUCCCAACAUUUCCUCUUUGGUACGCACAGGCGGGUACUCCAACUCUGACUGUGAUCACCUCGUACGACGCUGAUGCUCAAACGUUCACCAUCAAGUGCAAGCAGGUGGUGCCGCCCACUCCGGGACAAUCAAAGAAGGAGCCGAUGCUUCUACCUCUGGCCGUAGGCCUUCUUGACUCACACGGGCACGACAUGCGUCUUACGUCUGUGAAAGACGGAGCCUCACUGCACCAUUUGACAAGUGCAGAUGGUGACUACACCACUACUGCUGUACUACAUGUUGACAAGACUGAACAAGAAUUUACAUUUAUGAAUAUCACGGAAAAGCCAGUUCCAUCAUUGCUGCGUAAUUUCAGCGCACCAGUGCGUCUAGUAUCUGAUGUUACAAAUGAAGAUCUUUACUUCCUCCUUGCUCAUGAUUCCGAUCAAUUUAACAGGUGGGAGGCUGGUCAAACUCUCAGCCGAAAGCUUAUGUUGGACCUGAUCUCAGCUCAUCAGAGAGGAGAGAAGAUCAGCGUUGACAGUGCUUUUAUUAAAGGCAUUCGAAGUAUUCUGUUGGAUUCGUCUCUUGACAAGGACUUUGCGGCAAGAUGUUUGACUCUACCUGCAGAAGGUGAAAUUGCGGACCUCAUGGAUGUGGCUGACCCAGAUGCUGUACACAUUGUUAGACGGUUUGUCGUCAGAGAGGUUUCCGCCUGUCUUCGUGAGGACCUACUUAACACGGUCAAACUCAACAGAAGUUCAAUUGCAUAUGACCCUAGUCAUGAGCACAGGGCACGGCGUGCUUUGAAGAAUGUUGCUUUAGGUUACUUGGCAUCUUUGAAUGAACCUGAGACCAUAGACGUGGCAGUAAACGAAUACAAGAUUGCCUCAAAUAUGACCGAUCAAUUAGCUGCUCUGAACGCUAUUUGCCAGAAUCCUGGGAAUUUACGAUCCAAGUCCCUGGCAGAUUUCUACGAGCAAUGGAAGGAAGAGGCCUUGGUCAUGAACAAAUGGCUAGCUUUGCAAGCUAUGUCUGAUAUCCCAGGAAAUGUGGAGAACGUGCGGCGUCUGCUAGACCACCCCGCUUUUGACAUUCGGAAUCCAAACAAGGUUUAUUCCUUGAUUGGUGGUUUUUGUACAUCUGCCAUAAAUUUCCACGCCAAAGACGGUUCAGGAUACACGUUUUUGGCUGACGUCGUUCUCCAAUUGGAUAAACUGAAUCCUCAGGUUGCAUCCCGCAUGGUGUCGUCUUUCUCUAGAUGGCGUAGAUUUGAUGAAGAAAGACAGGCAUUAGCCAAAGCACAACUGGAGCGAAUUACAAGCCAGAACGGCCUUUCGGACAAUGUUUUUGAGAUCGCCUCGAAAAGUUUGGCAUCUUAGUAAGUGAAGGAUAAAUGACCCGUGUAGUACUAUUUUCUUUUUGAAAAGAGGCUUGUGCGGAAUGUGCCAAGUACCUUGAACCCUGCGACUUCUGCAGCAGUCGUUUUUUUCUUGAAAGAAUUUGUGUUCAACGGGUCACACCUUGCAUUUUGUCACAUCUUGAAAGGAAUUUUCUCUCUCAAAAUGGACAUUGUGAAACUGUUGGAUGCAUUCUUUUGGGGCAAUCUUCUGCUUGUGCCUUGUACUCCAAUCGUCAAUCUCAUUAAUGAUAAAUUAUUGAACCCCA